CGAAGCCACGUUGUCGCGGAGAAACAAAUUUGCAGUGUUUUAAAUAACCUUAGAUUGCGAACGCAACAUAUUCUGACGCCUGAUUGCAAGGCAAAACGAAAUGAGUGUCGGCUUCAUCGGAGCGGGCCAACUGGCUCACGCUUUGGUGAAGGGGUUCACCGCCGCAGGUGUAAUUGCCUCUCACAGAAUAACAGCCAGUUCUCCAGACACAGACUUACCAACAGUCACUGGGCUUAGGAAAAUGGGGGUGAACCUGACCACCAGCAACAAGGAGACUGUGAAUAAAAGUGACGUUCUCUUUCUUGCUGUCAAGCCGCAUAUCAUCCCAUUUGUGUUGGAUGAAAUUGGGCCAGACAUUGAAGACCGCCACCUAAUCGUGUCCUGUGCAGCUGGUGUGACCAUCAGCUCUAUUGAGAAGAAACUUCUGCAGUACCGCCCAUCCCCAAAGGUGAUGCGUUGUAUGACCAACACACCCGUGGUGGUACGAGAAGGGGCCACGGUGUAUGCCACCGGUACCCAUGCGGAGGUGGAGGAUGGGAAGCUGUUAGAGCAGCUGAUGGCUAGUGUGGGAUACUGUACUGAAGUGGAGGAGGACCUGAUCGAUGCUGUCACAGGACUGAGUGGCAGUGGCCCAGCUUAUGCAUUCACUGCUGUUGAUGCUCUUGCUGAUGGAGGGGUAAAGAUGGGGUUGCCUAGGAGACUGGCUGUUCGACUGGGAGCUCAGGCUCUUCUGGGGGCAGCCCGAAUGCUCCUUGAUUCAGAGCAACAUCCCGGUCAGUUGAAGGACAAUGUAUGCUCACCAGGGGGCGCCACCAUCCAUGCAUUGCACGUCAUGGAGAGCGGUGGUUUCCGCAGCCUGCUUAUAAAUGCAGUGGAGGCGUCCUGCAUAAGAACCAGGGAGCUGCAGUACUUAGCUGAUCAAGAAAAGAUUUCCCCUGCUGCCAUCAAGAAGACAACACUUGAUAAGGUGCUGCGGCAGCCAGGGGUGACUGGGGCUGGUGUUGGUGUCAGGACUGGAAUCAAUCUCUUCAACAGCAGUAACCCCAAACAGAAGAAGAACUGAGUCUUCCCACAGAGAAACCAAUGAUUGCCCAGUCAGUUUAGUAGACACUACUGGAUACUCACAAAGACAGGUACUGAGCCAGGUAGAGCUCUGGAUUUAUCUUACAAAACAAAAACUGUUGAGUGAAAAAGAAGUCAUGCCCAUUCACUGGUAGUUAAGCUUUUUUGUGUGUAUGCGUGUGUGUGUAUGUAUGAAAGAGAAAAAGGACUUUAUUGUAGAGGUAGAAGGGAGAGAUAAAUAGACGAUUUUUAUAUCUUUUGAAAACCCUACUUUUUUCUUGUUUUGGACCAAUGAUUAUUGGCUACAAAUCUAUUUUCUCAUUUUCUACUUAAUAUGAUAAAAGUAUACUAUUCUUUAAAUGACUCUGAGUGCAGGUAUUUUAUUAGUGUUCUGGACUUACCAUAUUUUACAUGUUGUCUGAAGAUCAAGUCACAGUCUAGAAUGCAAAAAUAAAGAGGUAUGUGGAGAACUGCUGUUUUGAUAUACUUUUAACUGUGAACAGAUAUGCCCUUUUUGAAGAGCAGCUGCAGUGGGAUCCUUUUGGAUAACUUUACCUAGUUUUGUCAGGCAAUACUCUUAAUUUAAAUAUUAAAUGCAUUUAUUCCUCCUUGAGAACAGAAGAAUGUCAUGGUUUGACAAAGCCUGUAUGACUUAUUGUCAUUAUGCUACUGACUACAUAGCAAAAAAAUGUUUAAAAAAAACUUUUAGGUAUUCAAAAAAUGUCAUACGUUCUUGAAAAGAACAGACCAGUUCUUUUGAAACAAUAAUGUUGGGAGAAACCUCUGUCUCCAAAGGUUUGAUAUUUUAAUAUGGUUUUCAUUUGAAA